GGUGACCAGUUUAGUUCUGGUUGGCAUUCAAACCGCAUGUUACGCAGGGUUUAAAGAUGACAUAAUAAUCAUCCUUUAAUCAGAGUUCGAGAUCAAGAUCAUCAUUCGAUCAAUUGAUUUGACAAAUGGCAUAGAGAAACAUUAUAAAAUAACUUUGCUACUGCAUAUGUUGUGAUCGAGACGCUUGCUGCUAAAGAUCGCAUUGGUGUUAGUGCAGUUUGACGUUUCUGAGAAAUAUACGCUUUAACAACUGGCAAUUACGCACGUGCGGUGCUCAGCUGUUAUAUGUCAAAGUUAGCUAAUGUGUUAUUUCUGAAUCACGGAAAAUUAUAAAAAGUCCAGAAUUGUGCAGUGUGAAACAUGUUGAACAUAAGGCCGAAAAUGACAGCUUAUUUAACGAGCUUGUGAAGUAUGUAUCUGUGAGGAUACAUGAAUAAAAGUGAACGGUGAUUGCUGCCGUUCUGAUUGCAAAUACACACACGUGCGAUAUCCCUGAGCAGGAACCGCAACAUUCGCAUUUGCAAUUCAUAUUUUUCUAGAAUAUUUAAUCAGAGAGACUGGAUCUUUCUCUUUUUUCUUCCACUCCCUUCCCCUCUGCUUUUCUUUCUCUCCCUUUCCGUAGAUAAAAGUCACUGAUAACACAUUGUCAUACAUGAAAAUAUAGAAAAUAAACUCGUCUUCUAUUGUAUCUUCAAACAUGCGUUUUACUGCAAUACGCAUUUGCCACUGAUUUGACAUUUGACAAUUGACACUUGUAAAAAAUCAACGCACACUUUUUUACCACUCCGAGUGAGAGGUAAGAGAAGGAAGACCGUUGAUAGGAACGUUUAUGUCAACUCGUUUUCGAAUAGUACUUUACGGGAGCACUUCUUGAAAGUAAUACCGAUCGCGUUAAAGAUAUUUUUUAGGAGAGUUUACAGUAUUCAGGAAACGUUUUUAAAGAUAAUCAAAGUGCCUGGUGAUUUUUAUUCAUUUUAAUUUACACUUGCGUUACAUUGAAAAUUAACAAAGCUACUUCGAGAACCACGGGCGCGUUACGAGCAGAGGUCACGAAGAACAGAUAUGAGAACGAAUCGUCGUCGGUUUGUGGUCUAAGAAUAUCACAGUGUGGAACGUUGAACUGGAGUUUCCUUUCUUCUUUCCACGUGUCGAGGGAGAAAUAAAUCAGAAACUUUCUCUGAGGAGGCUUGCGGUUCAACAGUACUCUGUAAACGAUGUCGGGAGAUACUACAUCCGAUGAUGAGGGAUCUCAAGAGGAUCCGCCGCGAUAUGACAUCGAUGAUUUGGAAAUCAUCAAGACUAUCGGCACAGGCACAUUCGGCAGAGUGGUUCUCUGCAGGCACCAUGGAACACCUCUCGCUUUGAAAAUCCUCUCUAUGGUCGACGUGAUCAGAUUGAAGCAAGUCGAACAUUUGCGCAAUGAAAUCACAAUUCUGAAAGAAGUUAAACAUCCUUUUAUCGUCAAUAUGCUAUGGAGCGGCAGAGAUGAAGCCAGGGUGUACAUGCUAUUGGAGUUCGUUGCAGGCGGAGAACUCUUUUCUUACCUAAGGGCGGCCGGAAGAUUCGCCGGACCUACGAGCUGUUUCUACGCGGCCGAAUUAGUUUGUGCUUUAGAGUAUCUACACAGUAAGCACAUAGUUUACAGAGAUCUCAAGCCUGAGAAUCUUCUCCUAGACAGUCAAGGACACUUGAAAAUCACCGAUUUCGGUUUCUCGAAAAAACUUACCGAUAGGACAUGGACUUUGUGUGGUACGCCAGAAUAUUUGGCGCCGGAAAUAAUUCAAAGCAAGGGACACAACAAAGCCGUGGACUGGUGGGCGUUAGGUGUUUUAAUUUACGAAAUGUUGGCGGGAUAUCCGCCGUUCUUUGACGACAAUCCUUUCGGAAUCUACGAAAAAAUCCUGAGUGGUAGGAUAGAAUGGCCGAAACAUAUGGAUCCUAUCGCAAAAGAUCUUAUCAAGAAAUUAUUAGUCGCUGACCGAACAAAAAGAUUGGGAAAUAUGAGACAAGGUGCUGAAGAUGUCAAAAGACAUCGAUGGUUCAAAUUAGUCGAGUGGCCUCUGGUGCCGCAAAGAGCCUUGACACCUCCGAUAAGGCCACGUGUGAAAGCGCCAGGUGAUGCAAGCUGCUUCGACGAUUAUCCUGAAACCGAUUGGCGUUCCCAACCACCUUUACCACCAGAUCAAUUAGCUCUAUUCCAAGAUUUUUGACAAUAGUAUGACAAUAUCGUUAAAUAGUCACAAUAUUUUGCACGCAAAUUUACUAAGACGCUAAAUAGAAGAAUUCACUCUGUGGUAUAAAACAAACAUGAUCACAAUUCGAUUAUAUUUGCUAUGUUUGAUAAUUAAUUUUCUAUUCUGUAUAUAGAUGACUUUUUAUAUUUGGUUGCGUUGUUGCGUACUGCUUAUUUAUUUGUAUGUGUGCGUUUUCUCUAGAUUAGGCAUUUUAUUGUUUUCGUGAAAUUCUGUAAAUAAAGAUGAAAUAAUAUUUUUUUGACAAA